UGAUUUAUAUAAAGGUGACAUUUUUUUGACAGCUCAGGCUUCAGCAGAGGCGUGGUAGUGCUUUGAUCCAAUCAUGUUUACAUAACAAUGUUCCCGGAUCUGCGUACUGUAGGGGUACGGGUACUGAAUUCGCUGGUCCCAACGGCUCGGCCUGGCGUCCUCCCUGUACCUAUCUGCACCUAUAUCACUUGUGACUUCGACGGCAUAACCUCCAAGACUCAUACGUUAACCUUUGUGACUCAGUCUGGAACUGGGACCAAAGAUUAGACUUGCCUAGAGUCUUGCUAGAUUUUCGAUUGCCGUCAUGGCGUGGACAUCUUCAGUUCACUUGCCGUUUGAGGUGGCGCUCUGGAUAUGUUUGAUCUUCGGCACCCUGGAUUCAGCCUUGUCUCAAGACCAGCAACCUGCCUGUCUGCUCCUAGACAGAGGAGUGGAUGUCAUAGGAGUAUCUGCUUUCAUCUCGGUGGCUACGAGGAACAUAACCGAGGCUGAGCCAGAAAUUGCAGUUCUAGUUGACUUCGAUCGUCAGGCGAGAUUCACUCAGUUCACCCUCCAAGCAUGGAGCAUGCUCGGUGCUCUACUGGUGAAACCAAUCGGUAGCUGGUAUCCGCCCAUUGACACCAACUUUCAGGUCGCUAGCUGCUCAUCGGGGGUCGGUAACACCGUGACUUUCGCGCCAAAUCUGAACCAGCUUCCUGAGCCGGGAAUGAACAGGUUCACAUGGUUGAGCCCUAACACUCAGGCCAAUGAGACAACAGUCUUCUUCCGGGUAGUUGCCUUGAAUGAAAAUAACGAGGCAGUGGAAUACAGAUCAAGAAUAAUACAGUUGGAUUUUCGUCCACCAGACAUUCUGAACUGCCCAGCCGACAUCUUUGUGACUGUCCCUUUUGAUCACGGUGACACCAUCACAUUGACAUGGACGCCCCCUCAAUCAGUGGACAAUACCGGUACCCCGUCUCUGCUCUCCUUUUCCCAUCAACCUGGUGAAGCGUUCACGGUGGGUCGAAGAGUCGACGUUACAUAUGUUUUCGCUGACGAUACAGGGCUCAGGAGCGAAUGCCGAUUCAAAGUCGCAGUUGCUAGAGAGGGUGACUUAGUUCCACCAAAUAUCUUCUGCCCGGGGAACAUAGAGCGGAUUGUCACUGACUUCAGUGUGUCUGGUAUCCGCCUCUCCUGGUCUCUACCGACUGCUACUGACAACAGUGACAAUGCACCGACCAUCGUUCUGACCUCGAACCCACAACAAGACAACAAUUCCUACUUCUCCUUUGGAAACUACUCCAUAACGUACGCGGCUUAUGACGAAUCCUUGAAUGAAAACUCGUGUUCCUUCAUUGUUAAAAUCGUGGACGGUGCACCGCCGAUGUGGACUGUCUGCCCGGCUGACAUUUCAGUAGAAGUCAGCCAGGGUAAUAGCAAUGGGGCAGAGGUAUCUUGGAAUCUCCCUGUAGCUAUUGACAACGACGGAUUCACGCCAACUGUUGAACUAACAUCGGAUAGACAGCUAGGUCCAGGCUCCUUCUUCCUAUUUGGGACACACUCCAUCACCUACGUAGCGACUGAUCGUUCGGGCAAUGAGAACAUGUGCACGUUCAAUGUGGCCGUUGUGGAUAACGUACCACCAGAGGUCGUGUGCCCAGCCGACCUGUCUUAUCAGAUCCUCUAUGGCAGUCGCGGAAGGCAUGUUUUCUGGAGUGAACCUACUUUUUUCGACAACUCCGGGAGUGUCUCUCUGGUGUCACAGUCCCACAAUUCCAACGAUCUUUUCUCACCUGGACAAACUGACGUCACCUACGUGUACAGGGAUCAAGCGGACAACAGAAACCAAUGCUCGUUCACAAUUACAAUCACUGAAGCUGUGUGUUCACCGAAUCCAUGUUUCAACGGAGGAUCAUGCAACCCGACCAACGACGGGUUCACUUGUACAUGCGUUAGUGGUUUCACAGGCCGUCAAUGCGUCACUACUGUAAUCGCCGCUUGUUCCAGUUCUCCUUGUCGAAACGGGGGAACCUGCUUACAAAGCGAUCAAGAUUACACCUGUCUCUGCCUUCCUGGAUACAGUGGUAACAGGUGUCAAAACUAUAAUGAUGCCCAGGAUUCUUCUGACUUCAUCUGCCACUGUCCACAGGGAACGGCAGGACGCAACUGUGACAUAGGACCAUGCAACCCUAGCCCAUGUCUGAACGGAGCUACCUGCGCAUUAGUACAGGGUGGAGUUACCUGUUCCUGCCUCACCGGCUACUAUGGCAGAUUCUGUCAAUUUAGUCCGUGCACCAACGAUCCUUGUAUGAAUGGCGGAACGUGUAUCGUUAGCGGUGACACCUAUCAAUGUCAGUGUGUCCCUUCCUUCUCGGGUGACAUCUGUCAGUUGCGAAUGGACUGUUUAUCCUCCCCAUGUGUAAAUGACGGCAUAUGCUUCCAGUCACAUAACAGCGAAGGGGAAUACUUUUGCAAUUGUUCGAGUGCGUUUACCGGAGUCAAUUGCCAAGAUAGGGACAUCGCAGCUCCUCUCGUCACGUGUCCCCAAAACAUCAUUGUAUCUGAUUGGCCAGCCAGUGCCACUUACUUCAGUGUCCAGUGGGACGAGCCGACUGCGACGGACGAACUGAGUGAGCCUGUACGUCUUAUCAAUCAGACCCACAGAAGCGGUGUCGAACUACCAGUGCAGCAAAUAACAACAGUGGCGUACAGCUACAGGGAUGCAGUCGGAAACGUCGGCAGUUGCUCUUUCCAGAUCACAUUUGCCCGAGAAAACUGUGCAUCUAACCCAUGCGCGAAUGGCAAAUGUGUGGAUUUUUCAGGAAACUUCCAAUGCUAUUGCCUCGCAGGGUGGACCGGUGAUCGAUGCCAGGAAGAUAUAGACGAAUGUGCCAGCAACCCCUGUCAAGAUGGUAGCACGUGCUUCAAUCAGAUUAACGGAUACAUGUGUUUCUGUGGCAACGGAAGUGCUGGCAGAGAGUGUGAGACCGAGUUGGACGCGUGCCCAAGCAAUAUGUGUUUAAAUGACGGUUUGUGCUUCAAAAGACCAGGCACUGAAUGCAAUUGUAACAUGGACUCAUCCGGCACUAUGAAUGGAUGUGAAGUGUCAGUUGACUGUGACGUCAACGGUAUCUUAGAGGCGCUUACUCAGGUUGUCGUGGAUGAGACUAAUGUUCUAUCAGUAUCCGCUGAGCUGAGAAAUGUGACAUCGAACUUAAGCAACGAAACACUUGAAGGAGACGAACUCUCUCUGACGGCGACGGUUCUAGAGAAUAUUGGAAGUGUAAUCAAUUCAAGUCUAGAGGUGACAGUAAAUGUUAUCGAAACCGUCGACAACGUUCUGAUGCUACCCAACGAAGUCUUCGAAGCGAGUGGAGACUCCCCGGGCCGAAUCCUCCGAACCUUCGAGACACAGCUGACGAACGUCAAGGAAAACCUGACGAUGCCUGGCAAGCUGUCGAGCCGAGCUGUCGAUGUGGUCGUAUUUCGCCCAGAUCUCGACACCAACUUUGCCUCAGGCCUGAGCUACGCAAGCAUUUCUACAGGAGGGGUUAUUGAUGAAACGCUUCAGAACAAUGAGGUUCAGUUGAGUUCGGCGAUCGAACCACGGGAUGACGCCGAAGCAUUCAUUGGUCUUCCCGGAGAAGCUUUGGUAGUUGCUUCCGAUCAGGACCCUUCAGCAAAAUUGCCAAUUGUCUUCGCCGUGUACCUGACCUCCAAGCUGUUUCAGCCAGCCACGCCCGAGUCCCUAAGCUUUCCUGACGGGAGACAGCUGUCUGUGAACAGUGCCAUCAUAUCGGCUAUCAUCGGCGACCCAGACGUUGAGAUUCCAAACCUUGUUAACCCUGUCGUAACAUCUUUCAUUCCAUCCAAUCAAACGCUGGCAGGGGAACAAAUCUGUGUCUUUUGGGACGUUGCUGCUAGAAACUGGUCCACCGAGGGAUGUACUCGGUCCACGGUCAACCCUGGUCAACAUUCCGUGGCCUGUGAUUGCAAUCACUUGACUAACUUCGCUAUUCUACUGAGUUAUUAUGGUGACAUUGACAGUUAUGCGUUGGAUAUCAUCAGCAAGGUCGGCUGUGCAAUAUCCAUCGCGGCUCUGGUUCUGACCAUCUUGACGAGCCUGGUGCUUCGUGAGCUCAGAAACAAUCCGGGCAAGAAGUCCUUGAUCAACCUGUGCGUGUCCCUGCUAGCCUUGUACGUGUUCUUUCUGGCCGGUAUAGACCGGGCUCAGUCCCCGGUCACCUGUGUCAUCAUGGCCGCUCUGAUCCACUACUUCUUUCUGACCUCCGUCUGCUGGGCCUCAGCCGAGGCGCUGAAUCUAUUCUACCUGCUUGUCCUCACUCGGAGGGGGCUCUUGACUAAGUACCUGCUGAGGCUGAUGCUGUUCUGCUGGGGAGUUCCAUUGAUCAUCGUGGUCAUAACAUAUCUGGUGACUUACCUCGGGACAGGAAAGUUGCAAUUUGAGCACGGCUACUGCUUUCUGCCACCAGGCACCACUCUGUACAUUGCUGUUCCCCUCCCAGUCGGCCUGUUGCUGCUCUUCAACAUCUUCAUCUUCAUCCUCCUCGUGCGUCGUCUCACCUGUAAGCGCAUCGAGUCCACGCUGACACGCGACGAGACCCACGUGCAGGCAGCCAUCCGUCACGGUCGACUCAUGCUGCCCAUGAGUAUGCUGCUGGGGGCGACUUGGCUAGUCGGGUUCCUGGCGAUUGAGGGGGCUACCUACGUCUUCCAGUGGAUCUUUGCCGUUCUCAACUCACUCCUUGGCCUGUCCAUCUUCCUGCUCUUCAUUGCCGGCAAGAAGACGGGGAGGAAAGGGCUUGGGAAGCUGUUCUGUUUCGAUAAGAUCAGAAAGAUCACAAGCAGCCAUACAUCAUCCAAUCAGCUGAUUCGUGCCAACUCGCCCCAGGUUGCAUCUUCGUCAUAAAAUGAUACAAGUUGUAAGAUCAACAAAUAAGUCUUUUUCUCAAGUUGACAGUCUCGUGACAACGAUGAGACAUACUUUUCGAGUUCACAAAACAUAAUUAUUGCCACUGUAAAUGGCAAACUUCCUCUUAUUGGUGACCUCACUAUGCAAACCUUAAUUUUACCUGAAGGUUUAAAAAGCAAUGGCUGCCUGUAUGUCCUUUGUUUUAAUGAGGCAAAUUUUAAAUGAAAAGCGUAGUUGAUGCUGCAUUGUUUUAAAAGCCAUAUGAGAAGAGAUAAAGAACAAGUUUCGCUAGAAUAGAUGUAGCAUCGAGACAAACCGUCCGCUAGAUUGCAGACCGAACCAGUUUAUAAAUACACUGCCCUUGAAAAGUACAAUUCAGCUGAAACAAAGAAUAUAGUUGUCCAGCUUCUUAAUAGUGGAUUAGAUAAAAGCCAAAUCGUUUUGAGUUCAGAUGUAAUUUGCCGUUAGGUGUAUUUUGUUUUAACGUAAUACUAUACAGCUUAAAGAUAAUACGGUGUACGAAGUUUAAAAAUUACGAAGUUAGAACAUUAGUUACAAUGUGGUGGCUGGUUUUAUUACAAAAGUUACUUUUUAUUGGCUGAAGACGAGCUACAGUAUAAUAUGUAGUUAUAACGGAUGAUUUAUUGUUUCAUCAGUAAUUCAUUGUAACCAUGUAAAAAUAAUUUUUAGGUGAUUUUAGUGCAGUCUUGGAGAUGUACGUACGCCCAGGCCAUGUAGACGUUUCCAUUAAAAAGAAAAUGGAAUUAGAAAGUGAGUAAAAUGCAGUAAUAAUUCUCAUAAUAGCAGCAUCGUUCAGACCAACCAAAAUAUUCUAGCUAUUAAUGUAUAUUCACACUCUUCUGAAUAGGCUCCAGUUAUUCUUAAUUGUUUUCUUAUUAAGUGUUUUUCUUGGCAGCUUUGUAAUUAGUUAUUAUUUUAAUUAACAUUAAUUUUGUAAAAUUACGUUUGUAAUGUAUUAUCGUGGAUCACAACACUAUGAUGAGUGAAGCUUCUAUGUCUGCCGUAAAAAGAACAUAUCCGAAAUAAACGUUUUUAUAUAUCUUUUCGUACUAUUUUUAACAUGCUGUUGAAUUGAAAAAAAAAAAGAACAGAAUUCGUAAACCUAGUGUUAUGCUGCCUUGAGUCGACAGAGGGCGAUGUUUUGAAACCACCACAAUAACGAGUCGUAAAUCAAGCGAGUAUGGUUUCAUAGCCUGAUAUGAAUGGACGGUAUUGGAAAUCCUGAUUAAAAAUACAUGUGAAAAUGAUGCGUUUUUAACAAUA